AUGAGGCAGGAGUUGAAUGAGAUAAAGAAGAAAGUCGAUAGGUGUGAGGUUUGUCGAGGGGGACAUGAUACCAUAGAUUGCCCCACGCUCACUCUUGAGCAGGUAGAGUACAUAGCCGGUCAGCCUAGGGGUCCCACGAAUCCGUUCAAUAAUUCUAGUUCCAACUGGCGCGGUAGUGGCAAUUCGAGUGGUUAUCGUUCGUCUGGAAAUCCUCCUGGAUUUUCAUCUGGUCAGUAUCAGAGUAGAGGGCCCGGUAUUUACACGCAGUCUAGUUCAGGACAGUUUAGUGGGUCGGGGUCUAGUGGUCAGUUUUCGAGUGGAGGACCGCCUCAGGAGAGUCAUGGUGGUGGGAAGGCUCCUGAGGCCGCCCUCCUCGAUCUUCAGAGGACAGUAGGCGGACUUGCUAAGCAGUUACAGGAGCACCCACCGGGUCAGUUUUCGGGAAACACUUUCCCGAAUCCCGCGAAUCAGUCAGCGAAGGCGAUUACGACCCGUAGUGGGAAGAGCUUGGGAGAGGUAGUGAGAGAAAGAGAGGUUGAAGAAGUAGAGGAGGAGGUCGAUGAGGAGAUCGAGAUGGAGGCUCCAGGCAAGUUGAAGAUCAAUCUUCCGUUCAUCGAGGCGCUUCAGUCUAUGCCUAAGUAUGCGAAAUUCCUUAAAGAUCUUUUGAAGCGUAAGGAGAGAAUCGGUGAGCUUUCGAACAUUCCAUUGACAGGGGGUUGUUCCGCGGUAGUCUUGAAUAAGCUACCAGAGAAGUUGACCGACCCUGGCACAUUCACGAUUCCAUGUUUCUUUGGGGGAGCCGCUACCCCUUCUCACGCCUUAGCCGAUUUAGGGGCCAGCAUCAAUUUGAUGCCAUUCUCGUUGUAUGAGCGUCUUGGUCUAGGAGAGCUUACACCCACGCGCAUGUCAUUGUCCUUGGCUGACCGAUCAGUCAAGUAUCCUCGUGGGGUAGUAGAGAAUUUGCUGGUGAAGGUCGAUAGGUUUGUGUUCCCAGUAGACUUCGUUGUGCUUGAUAUGGAGGCCGAUGAGAGAGUUCCUAUUAUUCUUGGCCGUCCAUUCCUUCGAACCGCAAAGGCGAUCAUUGACGUCUUUGACGGUAAGAUUUCUCUUCGUGCGGGUGACGAGGUUGUCACAUUUGAGAUCGAUAGAGCGAUGCAGCAUCCUAGUUGUGGAGAUGAUGUUAGUGGGCCGUGUCAUUCCGUUUAUUUUCUCAAUUCAUUCAUAUCUUGUGUCGACACGUGCUUCGAGUACAUUAGUGGAGCCGAUCUGGUAGGUGAGGGAGUUGUUGACGAGCAUUCUGAGGAUGAGGUAGAGGAGGUAGAGGAGGAGUGUUUAGAUGAGAGCGAUGAGGUUAGUGCUGAGCCAUUAGGGCUCGAUGCGAUUAGUGAUGAGAGUACUCCAGCAGAGAUUCCACCGCCUUUAGAACUUAAGGUUCUUCCAUCCCAUCUCGAGUACGCGUUUCUAGGAGAGAAGCCGAGUAUGCCUGUCAUCAUUUCUUCGAAGUUGACAGAGGAGGAGAAGUCAAGGCUGAUUGAGGUGCUUAGAGAGCACAGUGAUGCGAUUGCAUGGAGGCUAUCCGAUAUCAAGGGCAUCAGCCCUACCUUUUGCACGCAUCGCAUUCUGAUGGAGGACGUUUUCAAGCUUGUAGUGCAGCCGCAGCGUCGGUUGAAUCCGAAUAUGCAGGAGGUAGUGAAGAAGGAGGUGAUGAAGUUGCUUGAGUCUGGAUUGAUCUAUCCUAUUUCUGAUUCCGCUUGGGUGAGUCCUACGCAGGUCGUCCCAAAGAAAGGAGGGAUGACGGUUGUUCUGAAUUCGAAGAAUGAGCUUAUUCCGUCUCGUACUGUUACGGGUUGGCGUGAUAUGGUCGAGAGUUCGAUGGAGGUGUUUAUGGACGACUUCUCAGUGUAUGGUAGUUCUUUCGAUCAGUGUUUGACGAAUCUUGAGAGGAUGCUGAAGAGAUGUGUGGAGACGAAGUUGAUGCUGAACUGGGAGAAGUGUUACUUCAUGGUGACUGAGGGGAUUGUGCUAGGGCACAAGAUUUCGCGAGCAGGUAUUGAGGUCGAUAGAGCGAAGAUAGAUACGAUUAGCCAGCUUCCCCCGCCGACUAGUGUCAAGUCGGUUCGUAGUUUUCUCGGUCAUGCGGGAUUUUAUAGGCGCUUCAUUAGGGAUUUUUCCAAAAUCACUCGCCCCAUGACGCGAUUGCUGGAGAAGGACGUUCCUUUCGUCUUUGACGAGGAGUGCCUUCGAGCGUUUGAGUUUCUGAAGGAGAGGUUAGUGAGUGCACCGAUCCUUGUAUCGCCUGAUUGGAGCUUACCAUUCGAGCUGAUGUGCGAUGCGAGUGACUACGCAGUUGGUGCGGUGUUAGGGCAGAGACGGGAGAAGCAUUUUCACCCGAUUUACUACGCGAGUAAAACGCUGAAUGAUGCCCAGGAAAAUUACACCACUACGGAGAAGGAGUUGUUGGCGGUGGUGUUCGCGUUCGAUAAAUUCCGAUCAUAUCUCGUUCUUUCGAAAACCGUCGUGUUCACUGAUCAUUCUGCUCUGCGUCACUUGUUUCAGAAGAAGGACGCGAAGCCGCGUCUUAUACGAUGGAUUCUGCUUCUUUCCGAGUUCGACAUUGAAAUUAAGGAUAAGAAGGGGGCAGAAAAUGUGGCGGCGGACCACUUGUCUCGCCUAGAGGAUCUGAAGCGUGAGGAGAUUCGUGAGGAGGCGAUAGGAGACAGAUUCCCUCACGAGUCUAUUGAUGCUGUCAUGACUGGAGCCGUGGACCUCCCGUGGUUCAGCGAUAUAGCCAAUUAUUUGGCCGAUGGGUUUGUGAUGGAGAGUUUGAGUUUGCAGGAGAAGCGCAAGUUGACGAGGGACGCUAGGAAGUACAUUUGGGACGAUCCCUAUCUCUUCAGGAUAGGCGGUGAUCGAGUCCUGAGGAGGUGUGUUAGUAGGGAAGAAGGUGCGGGGAUCCUGAGACACGUGCAUGAGGGUUUGACUGGAGGACACCAUGGUGCGCAUGUGACCGCACAGAAGGUGUUUGAUUGUGGUUUCUAUUGGCCGACGGUGGUAGAUGAUGCGGCCGAGUUUGUUAGGAAGUGUGACCGGUGCCAGCGGACCGGCAACAUCUCAUCCAAGGAUGAGAUGCCCCAGAAUCCCAUUCAAGUGUUGGAAGUCUUUGACGUUUGGGGCAUCGAUUUCAUGGGACCAUUUCCAUCUUCGAGUGGAAAUCGGUACAUCCUCGUUGCGAUUGACUACGUUUCGAAGUGGGUGGAAGCUCAAGCUUCGCCCACGAAUGAUGCACGAGUGGUGGUGAGGUUCUUGAAGAAGUUGUUUACGCGAUUUGGUACGCCUAGAGCCAUUAUUAGUGAUCGCGGCACGCAUUUUUGCAAUGCGGUUAUGGAGAAGGCGUUGGAGAGAUAUGGAGUUACGCACCGCUUGUCCACCGCGUAUCAUCCACAAACGAGCGGUCAAGUGGAGAACGCGAAUCGAGGAGUGAAACGGAUUUUGGAGAAGACGGUAGGGAAGAGUAGGCAAGAUUGGUCCGACAAGUUGGACGAUGCGUUGUGGGCUUUCCGAACCGCCUACAAGACGCCAUUAGGUACGACACCGUUUAUGAUCGUCUACGGGAAAGCGUGCCACUUACCGGUCGAGUUAGAGCAUCGGGCUCUUUGGGCGCUCAAAACGGUGAAUUUAGAUUUGACCGAGGCCGCUAGGAGACGAUUUUUCCAAAUCCAUGAGUUAGAGGCGCUUCGUGACGCCGCGUAUGAUCGUUCUUGGAGUAUCAAGGAGAAGUCGAAAGCGUUGCAUGAUAGGAAGUUGCGAAAGUUGAAGGAGUUUAACGUGGGCGAUCGGGUGCUAUUAUUCAACUCGAGGUUGAAAUUGAUCGCCGGGAAGUUGAAGUCGAGGUGGUCCGGGCCGUACGUCGUGAAGGAGGUUUUCCCGUACGGUACCGUUGAGUUGUUUGACGAGGAGAGUUCGCAUGUGUGGAAGGUAAACGGGCAUAGGUUGAAACACUACAUAGGAGGUCCCAUCGAUACCGCCGAAGAGGAAACCGUUCCUCUUUCGGAACCGCCCAGCACCGCCCCGUAG